GUAGUCUUUGGUGUGCGCAGCUAGCUUGACUUUGGACACAAAAAACUGCGAAAUCAGGGAGAAGGACAGCGCCCAGAAUAACUGUAAACCUCUGCUAAGUGAGAGCAGCAUCUCGCUGAGAAUGGGACUCCGGCUCUACCCUCCGGGCUGUCGGACACUAACACAGAGGACAUGUACUUCGGUUUGUUAAAGCCGCAAAGCUACACUCAACCCUCCAAGCAUGCAGUGAUCGUGUUUCUCCGCUCAGCAGUUUGAUCCAAAAAAGAAAACGUGCCUUGUAAGGAAGCAGGAUGUUCACGGGCUCCACCAAACUGCCACCCACUAAAACCCCCCAACCUGAGCGGCUGGAUGAAGUUUACGCUGCUCUACGCAAAGGCUUACAGUCAUACCUGCAGGUCCACCAGCUGGAGCUGGACAGUCUGGGUCAGCAGAUCAGAGAAAACAAGAAGAACAGUCGCCUGGGGUCUCUGUAUGAGUUGGAUAAGCAAGUGAAAGCCAUAGAGAGGUUCAUGCGUCGCCUGGAGUUCCAUCUCAGCAAGGUGGAGGAACUGUAUGAGGCUUACUGUAUACAGCGGCGACUGCGUGAUGGAGCGAGUAAGAUGGUGGCGGCCUUCAACUUGGCCACAGGCAGCAAGGAGGCCCGAGAGAGCCUGAGCGAAGCCAAUAAAGGCUACAGGGAAUACACAGAGCACAUGUGCUCCCUGGAGAACGAAUUAGAAAGCCAGAUGGGAGAAUUUCAUGUGAAGAUGAAGGGCCUGGCUGGGUUCGCACGGCUGUGUGCUGGUGACCAAUACGAGGUCCUGAUGCGGUACGGCCGGCAGCGCUGGAGGCUGCGAGGUCGCGUGGAGGUCAGCAACAAGCAGAUAUGGGACAGCGAGGAGUUCACUUUCCAGCCUCUGGUCACAGAGCUGCUGUCCAUCAAGGUGACGGAGCUGAAGAGCCUGGCUAACCAUGUGGUGGUGGGCAGCGUGUCCUGCGAGAUGCUGGAUUUGUUCUGCCCGCUGCCGCAGACGCUCGCAGUGGACAUCAACGACCUCGGCACGGUGAAGCUCAACCUAGAGGUCACCUGGAGUCCGUUUGACAGGGACGACCAGACGUCCUCGUCCAGCACAGUCUCCAAGCGACUGCUGUCCAAUCAGAGCCCUCCGGACACGCCGUCCAUGCGGGAGCAGGUCUUUUACUCUCUGCUGAAGCGUCAGGGAGAAAUGGAGAACGGCACGGUUUGGUCCAACUCCUCUGAAUCGUCAGACGACUCCUCCAGCCCGGCUCUGGCUCAUCACACUCAGAGGCUGACGGCCUCCAACCUGCUGCAAGCUGCUCCCACCACUCAGCUGUCCGCCGCGCCGCACAAGUCCAGCGUCUCCACGCCGUCGCUCUCCUCCAACCAGGAGGAGGACGAGACGGAAGGCAUGGACGUUUUCCCUCAGCCUGAAGCGGUGCCGAACGGCCACCUGCGGGCCUCCUGCUCGGACUGCGGUGCCGCCGACAGGGCGUCUGUUCAGUCGGAGGACCUGAUCUCUGAGGCCUCAGCCGAGCUGAGCAGCUGCUGCCCCGAUGAGUUCUCCACGCAGCUGGACGUAAAGACGGAGCCGCUCGAGGAGCCCACAGCUGAACAGACUGAAGCUGAAGCUGAGGAAGAAGUCGCUGCUGAAGCUGCAGUAAAGCUGCAGGAGACGCAGACCGUCCAGGAGAGCAAGCUGACGGCGGACGCUCCGACGGCGCCUUUUCCUACGUCUGCCAGCUUCACUCAGGAAGUCGAGACCGCCCUCGAAAGCUUCGACUUUCUCAACUUCUCAGAUGUGGAAGAAGAGGAAGAGGAGCACCAGCAGGAUGACGAAGACCAAGAAGAGCACGAUGGGAAACAGGAAGAGGACCAAAAUGAAUCGCAACACAAGAAAAUAGAAGAAGAAGAAGAAGAAGAAAAGAAUGUGGAGAUGUUCUCCGAAGGAAGUGACGAAGAGGAAGCGGACGGCCUGGAGUUCCUCAUGGAGGCUCCAGAAGGAUUUAGGAACUCGGACGAAGACCGUUUCUCAGAGUCACAGGAGUCCAGUGUGGCGGAUGCGCAGGAUUUGGGCCAAGUGGAAAUUCCAGAUGAUAAAGACGAGCGGCGCAGCGAAAGCGGAGACGGACCUCCUGGAGAGGAAACCUCACAUGACCAGAGCCCUUCCACACCCAGCUAGUCGGCCACUGCUGCUGUCACUGACUCUGCUAACCCAUUCGUCCCACUCUGACAUCCCGGUGCCAUCGCGCUCUGCAGAAUCGCAGGCCUCGAGGACGCUCCACUCAACGCUCAGACAAACAACCUCCGCCGCCACGGUGGAGUUUGUGCUCGUUUUUUCGCCUCGUUUACCAGGAAAACAUAAAUCACGCCCGUCUCUGGAUUAAAGUGGGACUGCACCUUUCACAGUUUACAUGUCCAUAUACUACUUGUUUCCAGAAGCAUUUCAGGAACAGAUCAAAGCGGCCUUCGGUUUUUUGCAUUCGUUCGUGCAUUUUAUAGAAGAAAUUAUUUUGAAAUGAUUUUCUAAGUUUUCUUUUUCAGUCCUCAGAGAAGCAUUUAAGUACCAAGUUGCAUUAGAAGGUUUUAAGACCAGUAACCAUCAGAGCUAAAUCAGCCCGAAGCUUUCAUUGUCAGAGGAAAGACGACGAGCAUGUGAUGUUUAUCUGCAGACCAGAAAUCGCUUCUAACGCAGGAAUGUUCCCUGAAAACAAUCCUUUCCUUCAACAUCCGUCUCAGCUCUGCAGCUGAAUGGACACCAUCCAUAAUCUGCGAACAUUGAGGAGUUCAGAACUCAUUCUGGGCCGACCAUCUGCAGCGUGCGACUAUAUUUAAACCUGCAUGCAUAGCUGUCUCAUGCUGCCAGCAUGUCCGUAUUAAUAAUAAAGCUUAACUGAUCGGUUUAAGUGUGUAAGCUAGGCUCUGCUCCAAGAAAGCCACUGUGUUCCAUAAAAGACUGCCUCCAGGGGGCGCUGUUGUCUUUUAAUGUUGUGCUUUUAUCUGUUUCUUCAAAAAGUGCCUCAAGUGACAAAGAGAUGUUAGAAGGUCCAGCAGUGGACGAUGGCAGUGUUUAUUUUCUGAAUCACUUUAAGAGUGUGCACAAUGAGAGAUAUUUACAGUUUCAUAUUAAGAAUUGUAUAUGUCCCGACCUGUUCAAAAGGUUUAUGUUCAGAAAUGUUUAAACUUUAUAAAAGUUUCUUUAAAAUGAA